UUCCUCUCUGCUCAGCUCCUCUCAGCCAGUCCGCUGCACGAACAUUUCCACAACACGAGCUUUGCAGGAGAGCACCAGAAGAUCGGUCUCGUCGUGCAGUGAUGCAGCGCCGCACACCAAAGAAACCUUGAUCGAAACGAAGGACGCGGCUGAUUCCUGGAUGGAGGACAGUGUUGUUGCAUGACAUGCCUCGAAAUAAACCCUGAAUGAUUGAAGACUGCGGGCAGAGUGGUGACAACAUGGCAGAUAGAAGGCAGCUGUAUGUCGAGAUGAGGGCUCAAGAUUUGGAUUCCAUACGGUUGUCAACGUACAGAACAGCCUGCAAGCUCAGAUUUGUGCAGAAGAAGUGUAACUUGCAUUUGGUUGAUAUUUGGAACGUCAUCGAGGCUUUCCGUGAGAACAACCUCAACAGCAUGGACGUCAGUGCUGAGCUCUCUGUGGCUCGCUUGGAAGUGGUACUGUCCACUAUCUUUUACCAGUUAAACAAGCGCAUGCCCACCACCCACCAGAUCAACGUGGAGCAGUCCAUAAGCCUGCUGCUCAACUUCCUGCUGGCGGCUUAUGACCCGGAGGGGCAUGGCAAGAUAUCUAUCUUCGUUGUGAAGACGGUCCUUGCAACCAUGUGUGGAGGGAAAAUUCUGGAUAAAUUAAGAUAUAUCUUUUCACAAAUAUCCGAUUCAGCUGGGAUAAUCGUGCACUCGCAGUUUGACCAGUUUCUGCGCGAGGUUCUCAAAUUACCCAUGGCGGUGUUUGAGGGACCUUCUUUCGGCUACACUGAGCAAGCUGCACGGACCUGCUUUGGCCAGCAGAAAAAGGUCUCCCUCAACACAUUCCUCGAUACCUUGAUGUCAGACCCGCCCCCCCAGUGUUUGGUGUGGUUUCCGCUUAUGCAUCGACUCGCCAACGUGGAGAACGUCUUUCACCCGGUCGAGUGCUCCUACUGCCAUACUGAGAGUAUGAUGGGCUUCCGCUACCGCUGCCAGCAAUGUCAUAAUUACCAGCUCUGUCAGGACUGCUUCUGGAGGGGGCAUGCCAGUGGUUCCCAUAGCAACCAGCACCAAAUGAAGGAGUAUACGUCAUGGAAGUCCCCUGCGAAGAAGUUAUCCAAUGUCCUCAGUAAGUCACUGAGCUGUGCAUCCAGCAGAGAGCCCCUUCACCCCAUGUUUCCUGAAAUGCCAGAGAAACCUCUCAACCUAGCUCAUAUUGUGCCACCGAGACCAGUGAACAUCACCAAUGACUACUCACUCUCCCACUCCAUGCCUACAUCAGGGAACCCUUACUCCACCAAAAAUAAGAAUAAUGAUGUUGGGCAAAGAAGGCCCCUGACAGGGGCUGCUCCACAUCUGUUGAAAGGGAAAGGGUUGAAGUACAACCUUGAUGUCGCUGAUAGACUUGCUGAUGAACAUGUUCUUAUUGGCCUCUAUGUGAAUCUGCUGCAAAACAACCCCAAAACAUGUUUACUGGAGAGCAGUAACCACCAAGAUGAGGAGCAUAGUCUCAUCGCCCGCUAUGCUGCUAGACUGGCUGCUGAUGCUGCGGCUCAACAGCAGAGGGUCCCCAUAGACCUCCCCUGCUCUCUGGAUGCCAACAAACAGCAGAGGCAGCUUAUUGCUGAGCUGGAGAGCAAGAACAGAGAAAUCCUGCAGGAAAUCCAGAGGCUGCGCCUUCAGCAUGAGGAGGCAUCCCAGCCACCUCCUGACAAGGGUCAGCAGAACCCCACUCUCCUGGCUGAGCUGCGACUUCUCAGGCAACGCAAAGAUGAGCUUGAACAAAGAAUGUCUACUCUGCAGGAGAGUCGCAGGGAACUUAUGGUGCAGCUGGAGCAGCUAAUGAUGCUUCUUAAGACUCAGGGUGCCGGCUCUCCCCGCUCUUCCCCCAGCCACACCAUCAGCCGGUCGAUUCCCACACCAAUCCACUCAGAUUCUACCAGCACUACCCCAACUCACACACCUCAGGACUCACUCAUGGGCGUGGGAGGGGAUGUUCAGGAGGCCUUCGCUCAGGGUCCAAGGAGAAAUUUGAGAAAUGACCUACUCAUUGCUGCCGACUCCAUCACCAACACAAUGUCAUCACUGGUUAAAGAGCUCAAUUCAGAAGAUUUAAGUGAGACUGAUAGCACUGUGGAUUCAGACUUUGGUCGUUGUGACACACUAGGCUCAGCUUCUUCAGAUCCCUUCUUUGCUUAUAAACCAAGGCCUGCUAGCACUGCAGAUGAGGAAAUGUUUGAGAACAACCUGGAGCAGCAGCUGGAGGAUGAGCUGAAGAUGGAAGAGAUGGUGAAGCACAGGCAAGAAACAGGCAAGAAUUGCAUGGUGACGCUGCAGCAGUGACUGUACUGGUGACUGGUGAGCAAUAUGAAAAGCAACAACAGUCGAAGACACUGGCGGAGGCAACACUGGGCCAACAGUACACAGCACUGACUACACUGAGAAUUGAAUUGAAAUCCAACCACAGAACACAUUUGUGUAAAGAUAUAUUUUUUAACCAAGCACAUAUUUAAGGUAAUACUGUGAGCUGAUGUAAAGAGAUUAAUUACUGAGCUGUCUAUUAUACCACAGGUGCCAUAAAAACACAUGAUCAGAGAGAUUUAUUUCUUAAUUUUUAUCUUUUUUGUAUGAGUUGUCAAGCAAAUGUUCAAAUACAUUAUUAUCACAGAGUGGCAAAACUGAUUAUUGCAAAGACUCACAUUUUAAAACACAUCGAACCAGGUUUAAAUGUUUAUUGGCAUCUGAUUUAGGAUUUAUGAUGACAAGUCUGAGAUUACAUUUGACGUGAAAUUAUACAACGAUGAAGUUCAAAAUGCUUUGUACCUUACUGUCACUCUUAAGUUGCUUUUAGAUUUUAUUUGUUUAUUUUGUUUUCGAGCAAGCCAAUCAUAUGUAUUUGUUUUAUUUGUUCCAUUAGUAAUAAUGACAAACACUGCCUUAGCUGACUGGAUGACCUCUUGUUUCAGUUCGUUCUGCUCGCCAAUGCAGCAUGUAGCCUAUAACAAAACUCACUUGCAACAAUGCUGGAUGUCUUCGAUGGGGCUAAACUCAUUGAAAUUGUUGCUAGGAGGGAUUUGGGCCUUCAAAUAUGUACAAAUAGAUAUAGCUAUAGAAUACUGCUUCUAAUGUCUUUGUGUGGUUUAAACAAAAAAGAAAACACAAAGAUAUCCAAACACUCUGAUUUAAUGGUUUACACUGGCAAAGGUGUUGAAGAAAUUCCAUUUACAAUCAAAGGUUUAUUGAUUAUGAUUAAAGUUAAAUCCUACAAUAUGUGUUGUUGUUUCAGAUGUUGGGAUCAACGCUCUUACACAAAUUUUUCCUCUCUCUCUUUCUCUCCCACACACACGCACGCAUGCAUUCUUGAUGCUUUGUGUGAGUGUGCAUAAAACUUACCCAGUCAACUUUGGUAAAAGUGGCAAGCCAAUCUAAGAUCAUAGAUGUGUGAAAUAUAUCUAGUUUGACUUUUUUGAGCAAGUUCAUAGCAGUCAUUUCGCAUGGUGGUGAUGCAUAAUAAAGUGUUGACACAAUAUCACCAUUUUUGCCUAUGUAUUCCUUUCUCUUUCUUUUUCCUUUUCAAAAAUGGCACACUUCAAUUGGCUCGGUUUGGCGGUGCACAUUUAUUAUGUGUCAUAAACGCACCGGU